UCUUACACUAUAUAAAGUAGUACCAAUAUUAUACAUUAUGCACCUCUAGUCUUCUUCAAUAAUGGCUUCCAAAACCUCUCUCUUCCUCUUAGUCUGUCUCCUAUUUCUCCACAACCUUCCCUUCUCCGCCGCCCAAACUGUCGUCAAGGCUGCUUACUGGUUUCCCGAGAGUGGAUUUGCUGCCUCUGAUAUAAAUUCCACUCUUUUCACUCAUCUUUUUUGUGCAUUUGCCACUCUUUCCAACACCAAUCGCACCACCAUUCCUGCCUCAAAUAAUGCCUCUUUCGCUCAAUUCACCAGAACGGUCCAACUCAAAAACCCUUCUGUUAAAACCCUUUUAUCAAUAGGUGGAGGGAGUGCUAAUAAGACCAUUUUUGCUUCAAUGGCUAGCCAACCCAGCUCGCGUAAAACUUUUAUUGAUUCUUCAAUCAAAUUGGCAAGAGAUUAUGGGUUUUAUGGGCUAGACCUUGAUUGGGAGUACCCAGAAGUGGCCUCCCAAAUGACCAAUUUUGGGAGCCUCCUUGAUGAGUGGCGGUCUGCGGUGUCUACUGAGGCAAACACCACCGGAAAGACACCACUGAUUCUAACUGCAGCCGUAUUUUAUCGACCAAACUACUACGGUCCAAAUUAUCCUGUUCAAUCUAUAGCAAGGAGCUUGGAUUGGAUUAAUCUAAUGGCCUAUGAUUUCUACGGUCCAGGAUGGUCUCCUUCGAUGACCAAUGCACCUGCUGCACUAUACGACCCAACAGGUCAGCUUAGCGGUAGUUACGGGAUUGGGGCAUGGAUUCAAGGUGGUGUGCCUGCUAAGAAGUUGGUACUCGGUCUACCAUUUUACGGCUACGCAUGGCGUCUUGUGAAUGCUAAUAACCAUGGCCUUUUGGCACCGGCUAAUGGAUCAACCUCAGGUGAUGGGUCAAUGGGUUACAACCAAAUCAAAGUGUUCAUAUCUCAGAACAACGCCGCAACUGUGUACAAUGCCACUGUUGUUACAGAUUAUUGCUAUGCUGGGACUACAUGGAUAGGGUAUGAUGAUAUACAGAGUAUAACCGCCAAGGUUUCUUAUGCUAAGCAACAAGCAAUUCUUGGUUACUUCGCAUGGCAUGUUGGAGUUGAUAACAACUGGGUUCUUUCACAAAAAGCUUACAAUACGUGGGGAGCAUAAAAACUCAAUAUUGCUGUCAAUAUGAGCAAUAAAUAUAUAUAGGCGUGAGGAUUAAGUGCAAUAAAAGAAGCAUGGUUCAUAAACAGGUUAUAUGUAAUACCGAUUAUGGAUUCAAAUAAUAUCAACUUCGUUGGUCAAAAAUUCUCUUUUGUCCA